AACGAAAAAUGAACGAAAAUCCAAUUGCAAAAUGUGGAUUUCAAUUUCAACAUCUUCCCCUUUGUCGCUCUUCAUCCCAAAUUCACAUACCUCCGAAUCACUAAUCCUACCAACUGCUCGCUGCGAUUAUACCCCUGAGACAUCAUCAAUAUUACCAGCAGCCAAUGUGAAAUCCAUAACAAGCACCUCAAACCCAUUUAUAAAACACUGUGUAAAACUUCGCAACAGCUCUUCUUAUCGUCAUUCCCAUGGCUCUGUUCUUCUUGUCGGCAAUACUCUACUUAGGGAAAUGUACAACUUUCAAAAGUCGAUGCAAGAGAAGUCAAGUACAAUAGAUUGUUUACUUUUGCAUGAGCAAGCUGCUGUCCCCGAAGAGAUAGUGGAUAGUGGUAUUAACAUUGUUCGUGUUAAUUCUGUGGUAAUGAAGAAACUUUCUGGAGUGCAAUCUACGGAAUCCAUUGAUGCAAUAUCUCUUGUUAAAAUCCCCUCAACUUUUCACAAUAUAAAUGAAGACUACCAUGAAGAUUUUUCAAAAUGGUUCCGAUCUGCAUAUCGAAUUCUGGUUCUUGACGGAAUCCAGGACCCUGGUAACCUAGGCACCUUAUUAAGAUCAGCAGUGGCCUUCGGAUGGGAUGGUGCAUUUCUACUUCCUGGAUGUUGUGAUCCGUUCAACGAGAAAGCCCUUAGAGCUAGCCGUGGCGCUUCCUUUCAGCUCCCAAUCGUUUCUGGCAGAUGGUCUGAUUUACAAUCUCUUGUUGAUCGACUUAAUUUGAAAAUCCUUGCUGGACAUCCUGGAACCAAUGCUGGAUUGAAACCAGUAUCUUGUCUCUCUAAUGAACUUGCACGUUCUUUAAUAGAUACGAAAGUCUGUCUAGUAUUGGGUAGUGAAGGGAGUGGACUUUCGGGAAUAGCACUUAAAGCAUCUGAGCUAGUAAGCAUUAGAAUGGUUGGGGAAUUUGAGUCACUAAAUGUUUCGGUAGCUGGGGGAAUUUUCUUAUUUAUGCUACAGUCUCAAACAAAGAAGUCAUAUUGAUAGUUUUGUUUAUUUGAUAUAGCAGCUUAGUUUUCUAUUUA